AUGAACUUUCCAUUGGAUUGUUCACCUACAGAUCAGGUGUUUGAAGAAGUUUCGGCACUUUUUGAAGAUCUAGCCAAUUGUUGUAGAGAGGAGAUUGAUGAAUACAGGUAGGUAUUUUAUUUCUUUUGUCUUUGUUUAGGUUUUGAAUAGGAUCAAGGUUAUUUUAAUUUGGUUUCACAGUUUUUUGGAUGUAGCUACUAUAAUAUAAUUAAUUUUUUUAUUAAAAUCAGUAUAUCUUUACUAAACCUUAAUUUUAACUCCUAAAACUUCUGUUUUAGGUUACCACGAUAUCUGGAACUAUUAAAGAAUACAAAGACGGUAUUUGUACGGGUUUUGUCGAUGAGAAAACUCUUGGAGUCUAAUGUGAAGAUGGAGUUUGAUGAAGAAUAUAGGGAAACACACAAUGCUAUUUGGAAGAUCUUGAAAAUGAGUUUUGAAGAGGAUAUUCGAAGAGUUCAAGCUAAUUUAGGUAAUAAUUUUAUGUUUUUUAUUGGAUUUUAGAUGCAAGAUGAUGUUGUGGUAGAUGGGAGAUGUCAAAAUGAUAUUGUAGUAGGUGAAAGACCUAAAAAUGAUUAUUACUUAUUUUUCGACCUUAUCAGAAGAAAGGUCGAAAAAUGAUGUAUUAGUGGAUGAAAGUCAUAAAAAUUUAAAUUUUAGGUCUGGUCGCGGCUGUAGGUGAAUUACUGAUAUUGUAUGUACAUAUAUAUGGCAUUAAGAAGGAUAAGGUAUAUACUGACACUGUUCGAGCGAUUGGUAAUCUAUUGACCAACUUAACAUUUGGGAAUAGUCAAAGCAAGAAGCGAUUAUGUGCUCAUUAUGGGUUUCUGGAGACUGUUACUCAUAUUAUUGAUGAAGUUCCGGAAAUGACUCAAGUAAAUUUUUAUUUUUAUUGGAAAUUUAGGUACGAUUUAACUUGGAAUGGCAGAUUAAUUGUAAAAUACGAGCUUUUUUAGAUCGACAUGUAAUUUUUGAAGCUUAAAACGUCACUAAAGCUUUUUUAGGCUUACACCAUUCUUUACAUUAUUGUUUUAGGCGUAUGGAGCUCUAGUACGCAACUUAUCGUGGAACGCAGAUAUGGGUAUGAUGUUAGCCUUACAAAAAACUGUCCGGCCUUUUGCCGCUGCCUCAGUUCAACUGUAUCAACAACGAUUGGAGCGUAACACACAAGAAGAAUACAAAUGCCUUCAUUCAACUUUUGCUGCCUUAUGGAAUCUAGCAGGUCAUUCUAGCGAAAACAAACUAGCCAUUUGUGAAACAGACCUCUUCAUUCCAUCUUUGAUUUCCCAGCUUAAUACUGAGCCAGAAAAUACAGCUUUCAUGGAGAAUGCCUCAGGAGUUUUAAAGUACAUUUCGGUCAUAAUAGCUUCAUCUCCAUCGUUAUUAAAAGUUGCACACGAGGCCAAGAUAGUUCGACAUCUGGUUGAUCUCCUUAACUCUUCUUCUUUCACUGUUAUAAUCAAUGCCUUGGGGGCAUUAUGCCAUUUGGUAGCGAAGGAUGAAAAGAGCCAGUUGAGGAUCUUUAACAGUGAACAAGCUGGAAUUGUUCUCGAAAGUCUAAAGAACUCGGCACGAGAGGAUGUGAGGAACGCCGUGAAGACCGUUCUCACUCAUCUCAACAGCUCGCACAUUGCUGAAUAUGCCUUGUCGUUACCUAGAAAUGCUAAUUUUGGGCAUUAUAAUAGUUUAACUGCUAAUUCUAGCCACGGCUUCAGAGGUAUGAGCUCUUCGUAUGGUGGAGAUGAUGUUAACAUUACUCAAAGAAGUCUGCUUCAACGAAGAAUGCUCGGCAAACAGAACACGUUACCUAGAAGGAAUGAUGUUUGUUCAUUUCGAGCUCGAGAAAACAGCCCAAAAUUGGCUAUGACAACUCAUGGACAUACGAUGGGCGGGGAUAUGAACUUUGAUUUGAAUACAAAUGGUUUGGCAUCGGAUUCAGCGAAUUUAAAUAAUGAUUCACGAGGUUUUUUGAAUUUAAACACGAAUUCGCAGGCUUCUGGAGCUUUGAAUUUAAAUUCACAGCCUUCUGGCGCAACAUAUACAGACUCACGGUCUUCUGGAGCCCCACCAACAGACUCACAAGCUUCUACUAAUCAACAUACAGACUCAGACAACCAUGACCUAGUACUCCAAGCAGGCCUAGGCUUAAGUGAAAGUACUUUAGCCACAAGGAACGGCAGUUUUCAAUCAAUUUCUGGUGAUGUCCCUACGAAUUGGAAGAGUAACAUGACUACAACAAGAAACAGUGGCAACCAGUCUCCGUCUUCAUUAUCAGAACUACCUGAUAGUCCUAGUCACUACUCCAAGCUAAGCGAUCAUGAAGACUUUGAUGAUGAACAAGUCGGCAAAGACAAACAUCUGUUACAUUCAGCUAUUGCUUCUGCUUUGCCUAAGCCUAGUAGGCUUAGGAAAGGGAAUGAAAAACAAAAUGACGGCUUAAAACACAAUGAAAGCCCAAGGUUUAAUGAAAGUAUGAAACUAAAUGACGGCUUAAAACAACAUCAAAACGGUACGAACGAAAGGAUUCUGGACAAAUGUAUUGCUCGUGUGAUUCCGAAGCCAAAAAGGAAUUUGAAGUUUGGUGAAAAUGGGUCCAGUAGGAUGAAAAAGUAAGAAAAUUUGUUUAGAUAUUGACUAAAUACGGGAUAUUAUAGUAGGUGUAAGCAUGAGGUUCUUUUGCAGAUCAAACAAAGAAGUGAUAUAGUUUAAAAAUAUAUUGUAGUAGCUCAAAAAGCUAUAUUAUAGUAGGUUAACCAAAACGUUUUAAUAAAACUAACUAUAAACCUAUUAUUUUAGCAGCUCAAUCCUAGUACAUCCAAACACUACAGAAAAGGUUCGCGACGCAUCGAAUUUGAAUGUGAACGUCGAGGACAGUGAGUUCGGGGAAGACAACUUCCACAUGAUCGACUUGCCAAACGGAUCCUUCCACCAACUACCAGCUGACGUUGAUGCUGAAUUGAGUGCGGAUCGAUUGGUUAUUGACUGCUUGAACUUGUCAUCAACUUCUAACAAAGCCAAGAAGUAUGUUGUUUUUAUAUUGGGGGAUUAAAAAAGUUUUGUCGUCGGUUUUUACUGAUUUUAACGGUGGAAAACGACAAGACUUUUUUUGAGUUGUUUAUAAUAUUAGAUAACUGGGAUUGCAAGAGGUGGGAUGGGAAGGGGUUGUCAGGUAUGUUGUGGAGUGGGGGGGGAUGGGUAAGUAUGUUGGGCAGGGUAUUUUUUUUGAGAUGAGGGUGGGCAGGUCAAAAAUUUUUUAAAAAAUUUUUCUAAAUAAAAAUGAUGACAAAUUUAAUUUUUUUGAAUUAAAAAAUGUUUUUUCUUAAUUACAAAUGUGUUUUUCAGUUACGGACGCCUCCCAGAACCAAAGCGAAUCAACGUACCCAAAUCGGCCGCUCGUGUACCUCCUUUCAACUACAAAGUCUCACCUCAAAAACCCGUGGAAAAGCCAGCACGUCAGAAAAUGAGCACCAAGUUUGGCGAAUUUACUUUGACAAAUUUGUAA